AAGUGGCAAGGUAAUGGAAAUAUUUGUUUUUGGCAAAAUAAAGCACUUUACAAUGUUGACAACAAGGUCUGCUGGUCUAAGUAAAGAAAAAAACUUGACCAGCUAGACCUUAGAUGUUAGGCAUGAAAUAUCUUCUAAUGGGUGUCUACCAAGUUUGUUCAAAUAAAAGCCCUGGGGUUUAAACUGGCCCCACUACGGGGGCCUAUAUACAGGUCAAGUUGUUUUAUUGAAGUCUGGAGGAUUGUACAAAACAACCCCACUAAAACAGGACACUACCAUUGUACAAUGAAGGAAAUAACCACUCUGUUAAUGUCAAGUAUUUUUGUAUGAAAAUCAUCAUACACCCCUAUUCAUAGAUUUGAGUGAAUCUGAGUUAUGUAUGUAGAUAUACCAUUGUGAUUUUAUAGGGUGUUCAGGACUUGUUUGUAUCUUUGUUGACUGAAGUGGUACAAUGUACAUCUAGUGACAUACAAAGCAAUUUUUUUCUGCAAAAUCAGCUCAAAUUAUUAAGUUUUUAUAAACAAUUGAUUUUUCAAAAAAAACACACAAAAAAACAACAAAAAAACAAAACAUGAUAAAUGCAUCUAGAAUGGAAGAAACAUCGCAUGAAGAACAAUAGGCGUGAUUUUCAAAAAAUGAAAUUAAUGUGAAAUGAAAAUAAUGACAAAUGACUACUUAUAGAGGAUAUGUUGUGAAAAUAACAAUAAUAUACAUGUAGAUUAACAAGUUUUAAAGUGUAAGAGAGGACAAUGAAGAUCAGGAAAAUAGGAAUUCUCCAAUUAUGGAUUUUGAUAAUAUCAGUUCAUGGUGUGGUUGUUCAUCCAUUUGAGUCUAAAAAUAAACAUGGUCCACAAGACAAUGGAUUAACAACAACAAUUGUCAAGAACACAUAUGAUGAGGAUGAGUUUUUCAAAACAUUUUGGCAUGAAAAGAACAAAGGACUUUGUCCCUAUGGUCAGGUACCGCAGAGGAACAAGACUGUCUGUUGCUAUGUAACAAGUUGUGGCCCAGGGUAUGAGAUAACGGAAUGUGAGAAAAAUGGGACAGAGGACAAAUGUACCGCUUGCGAACCGGGUUUUAUACAACUAAAUAACAUCACCUCAUUUUAUAUGGAUGACUCCAAGUGUUUUUUGAAGUUGCCAAACCAUAGUGACUGCCCUAUACAGUUUAUGCGGCCAUAUUGGAAGGAAUUUGAUUCAUACAUUUUUCCGUAUCCAUGUGAAUGCUUGAUUGAAAAAUGUUAUGUAAAGAACAAUGUAGGUAAUUGUGACCGAACCGAGGAAUGUGAUUCGAAUUUUCAAAUGAACAGAAUUAGUGGAAUUUGUGAAGCAUGUCCAUGGUAUGCAUAUAAGUUUGAAAGAGGAUGUCAACCUUGUACAGUUAAUAUCACACUGUUGAGGCAAGGAAGGCCAGAAGGACAAUAUAUACCUCCUGAAUUAAGAACCACAACAAUAGCAGUGACCAGGAAAGCAAAUGGUCCUAAUAUUAAAUCAAAUGAUAAUCAGUCUUUUGAGGUACAUGAGGAGCCUGACUUGGAGGGAGGAAUUGGUAAAGACACUGACUUCAACCAAGUUCAUCUAAAUGCUGUUUCCAUUGCUGUCUCUGUUGUCGCUGUGUUGGUUGUAGUGUUAGGUCUUGGCGUGUACUGCUUUAGAAAGAGAAGAAAGUCACAAGGUGGACAUAUUCCUCCAGCUUCACCAACUAACGAUAGUGCACCACUGCUUCCUGGACACAGAUAUCCCAUCCUAACACAUAAUGGACAGCUAAUGAAUGGAGUAGGUAAUUACGAGCAGAAUAUACCGAUUACUCCCGUAGAUGAACACGGAAAUUUUCAUCCAGCAUAUAUUGUUAAUGGUUAUAGAGUAAAUAUUCCAGCAGAAGCUGUAGUUAAUACAGCUGGGAAUGGAAUUAGGAAUGGAGCAGUGAGACCUGUGGGCAAUGUAUUAAUCGGGGCUGAUGGUACAUUCGGAAAUAACGAGAAUGAAAUGCUUAUAAAUAAUAGGUGUAGUGAGACAGCUAUUAAUAUUGCAGAUGUAAGAACAGAAAAGAAUGACCUGCAGCAAGUAGAUGUAGGAAGUAAGAAGGGAGAAAAGAAUGGUGACAGGCAUGGUAAUGUUGAAGAAGGUGCUACUGGAGGUUCUUCUGUCCCUGAUAAAACAGCUGAUAAAAUGUUAGAGAACGAAAUAAACCCAUCUAAAGACAAAAUAAAGAAAAAGAAAUCUAAUACACAAAUUAAUAUUCAUAAUAAUGUAUUUGAAAACUGUCAUAUACAGUUUGGUACAAGAAGAUUGAAACCAAAUCCUGAUAGUAGAGCUAACAAAGAGAUAUGUAUUUAUCCUGAAAACCUCAGCAGUGUCUCAGGUACAUUUGAAGCUGACAGUUCCAUAAACUCUUCUAUUGUAAGUUCAUCACCAACAUUGUUGCUGAGGAAAAUAGAACCAAAGAAAGACGAUACAAGAACGGAGUUAAAUGAGUUGGCACCAACAAUCGAUACGGCACCAACAGACGAUACAGCACCAACAGAUGAUACGGCACCAACAGACGAUACAGUACCAACAGACGAUACUGUACCAACAGACGAUACUGUACCAACAGACGAUACAGCACCAACAGACGAUACGGCACCAACAGACGAUACUGUACCAACAGACGAUACAGCACCAACAGACGAUACAGCACCAACAGAUGAUACGGUACCAACAGACGAUACGGUACCAACAGACGAUACAGCACCAACAGACGAUACGGCACCAACAGACGAUACUGUACCAACAGACAAUACUGUAGAUGUUGUGGAUACUGCUAAAAAUAGAGGUCAAAGUGGGCCACCUUGUAGACCCGAGCUUAGUAAUGCUGUAAUUUCUGAAUGCGGAGGUUGUGAUGUCAAGUUGGAUACAAAUGAUAAUGAUGGAAAGAUGAGAAAAGAUAUUAAUGAUAGAGCACGAAAUAUUGUGCCACCACUUACAUGCAAUAAAGAGCGCAAGGUUGCUAGAGUUGAACCCAUGCGCCAAAAUAGUGAAGUAAUGCACAUGUCUGGAUAUCCUUCUGUUCAGAUAAAUGAUGAGGGGAACUCUGCCCCGGAUUCUAUGUCGUAUGCUGUAAUGCAUGCUGACCUAGAUACAGGAUUUAUGGGGCAAAACUACGAUAUUGCAAAUGAUAACCUCACCGAGUAUGAUAGCAAUGAAAGUUUCAAUUAUCACAGCAAUGAUGUUAGCACGUCCAGAUUUGUGAGGCAGGAUCAAAAUUCUAUUGGUAGAACAUUAGUUCCUCGAACAAAUGUCAAUCACGUGGGUGUGGCUAAUGCAGUGGCACCAAUGAAUGUAAGGGAAGUGAAUGGACCAUGUCCGGUUCAGCCAUUCGGUGUAAGAGAAGCUCCAGAGGGAAGGUCUAUUACUUAUAUGCCAGACAAUGAUGACUUUGUUACUCAUGGUGUUAUGCAAGAGACAAAUAGGAAACUUGCAGUUGAUGAAAUAGAUUCAGACGAAACAGAUUUAAAGGGAGAAAUGUGCCCUGAUACAGAGACUAAAUUCAUAGACACAGAGGAUGAUAUUACUGAAUUCAAGAGAAAGAUUAAAGAAAGUCAAAUAGAUGAGGAAAAUACUGACUUAGAAAAGACAGGGAAAGAAGAAUCAAGAAAAUCUGCCUCGUGUAAAGACAGUAUAAACAGUGAAAAGGAAAUGGAAAGUACACAUGAAUACAAUGUUGAAGACAUUUUGUAUGAUGAAAGUGCAGAAGGAGAUGUUGAAAAAAGUUUUGAAUUAGACAGUUCUGAUAUGAAGAAUAUUCAAACUGAUAAAGAAGACUGUAAUGAGGUAACUAAUUUGGAAAAUAAUGGUGAUGAUGAUAAUGAGUCUAAAAGUUUUGAAAUAAAAAGUGAAGACCUUACACAAUUAGACAAUUUGAAAGUGAUAAAUGAGAAGAGCUCUGAUAAAGAUGAUGUUGAUGAUGAUGAUCAUAAUGAGGCUGAUGGUUGUGGUUCUAAUGAUGAUGAUAAAAUUAAAAAAUGUGGUAGCUUUGAACAAACAGAGGAAAGUUUUGAACUUGGCAGUUGUGAUAUUGAGCAAAUAGUAAAGGAAGAAAUAUCAAGGCCAGUGAAAGAUGAACAUAGUGGGGCUGGUGUGAGUGAUAGAACUUGUAGUGGAGAAAGUAGUAGGACUAGUAGUAGAGAAAGUAGUUUCGAGUUAAAUUCUGCUGAAAUUGAUGGUGUUUAUGCCACAGAUAAUGCUGAAGACAAUAUGGAAACCUGUGAUAGUAAUGUUGAAGGGAGUGAAGAUGUAGAAAAGAAGGCGGGUGAUGUCUAACAGUGCUAGGAUGUGACUUUUUGUGAUAAAAUCAUAGAAAGUUAUUGUGAUUGGUAAAUUGUCAGCACUGAAUUAUGGUGGACUUGUGUCAAGGCUGAAAGUCUCAGGCACUUGUUGCCUGACUUCUUAUACAAUUAUGGCUUGAGGUUUAAUUAUCUUCAGCCAAAGAUUUUAGAAUUAUGCAUAUGUUGUUUUAAAAAUUAGUGUCAGUAUUUUAGCUUGCCAGUUGUUUUUUUUUGCAAUUUUUAAAUUUGUAAGUUUUAAACAUACAAUUAUUUCUUAUCAUGAUAUUCUAACAUUAGUCAACAAUACUGGAAGUAUCAAUGAUUUUUUCAUUGAAUAUUGUCAACAGUGAACAGCAUGCACUCAGAAAAUAUGUUUAAGGGUAGAGAGAUCUCCUAAUGCCAACUAUUUUUAUGCUCACUGAAUUUUUUUUUUACUUUGUAAAUAAUUGCCAGUACCUCCAUCAGUCCAGUUUUUCAAAGGCAUUUUCACCCCAAUCCAAAAUAACUUUUUUUUUUCAAUUUAAGAUGCAUCAAUUUGAUUAUUAUGCCCCAACUUCAAAGAAGAGGGGGUAUAUUGCUUUGCAUUUGUCGGUCCGUCGGUCCGUAGACCAAAUGGUUUCCGAGUGAUAACUAAAGAACCCUUAGGCCUAGGAACUUCAAACUUGGUAUGGUGAUUGGUCAUGACCAGCAGAUGACCCCUAUUGAUUUUGGGGUCAAGGGGUCAAAGGUCAAGGUCACAUUUACCUUGUAGGUAAAAACGGUUUCCGAUCAAUAACUAAAGAACGCUUAGGCCUAGGAACUUCAAACUUGGUAUGAUGAUUGUUCAUGACCAGCAGAUGACCCCUAUUGAUUUUGGGGUCAAGGAGUCAAAGGUCAAGGUCACAUUGACUUUGUAGGUAAAAACGGUUUCCGAUCAAUAACUAAAGAGCGCUUAUGCCUAGGAACUUCAAACUUGGUAUGGUGAUUGGUCAUGACCAGCAGAUGACCCCUAUUGAUUUUGGGGUCAAGGGGUCAAAGGUCAAGGUCACAUUUACCUUGUAGGUAAAAACGGUUUCCGAUCAAUAACUAAAGAACGCUUAGGCCUAGGAACUUCAAACUUGGUAUGAUGAUUGGUCAUGACCAGCAGAUGACCCCUAUUGAUUUUGGGGUCAAAGGUCAAGGUCACAUUGACCUUGUAGGUGAAAACGGUUUCCAAUCAAUAACUUAAGAAUGCUUAGGCCUAGAAACUUCAAACUUGUAAUAAUGAUUGGUCAUGACCAGCAGAUGACCCCUAUUGAUUUUGGGGUCAAGGGGUCAAAGGUCAAGGUCACAUUGACCUUGUAGGUAAAAACGGUUUCUGAUCAAUAACUGAAGAAUGCUUAGGCCUAGGAACUUCAAACUUGGUAUGAUGAUUGGUCAUGACCAGUAGAUGACCCCUAUUGAUUUUAGGUUCAAGGGGUCAAUGUCAUAUUGACCUUGUACUUAAUUACGGUUUCUGACCAAUAACAACUCAAGUUGCCUUGGUUGAUAUCUUUAUAUUAAACUAAAAAUGCUUUUGGUAUACACAUUUGAAGGUCUUAUGUAAUAUAACAACUUGGCUGUCAUUAAUGAGGCCUACAUGAUUCAUAAAAUUUAUGCAAAUAUUAUUUUGUAAGAUUUGUAAUAACUUAAAUUGCUGCAAAUCACAAUAAUUAUUACCUUGUGACUAGUCAUGACCAGUAGAUACUAGAUAACCCUUAUUAACUUCUAGGUCAGAAGUCAUGCAUAAUAACCUGAUCACAUGACUAAUUGGCUGCCAAUAUGGGGCAUACAUGUUUUACAAACAUAUCUUGUUUUUCUAGGUAAUGAUAUAUAUUAUAUAUUAUUUUGGUUUUGGAGUGAUAUAUGUGGAUAUAUUACCUGUCAAGAUUUUAUAUCACCCGAGCCGUUAGGCAAAUAGAAUGAUAGACAUUUGUCUUAACAGUGUUGUAAACGCAUGUGACUAGAUUUUAUGUUAACUUUGUUAUAAACAAAUAAAUGUAUUAAGUUUCGUGUUAAAUGUUAUGUACAAAUUCGUAUUUUCUUACAACAUUAUACAAUUUUCUGUCAAACAGAGUUAGUUAUAUGUAGUUAUGUUACUAGCUGUUAAAGUUAAAAGUGUUUUGAAUUAAAUAUAUACGGAUAACUGUACCUAUUGUACAUUAACAUUUAAAAUGUAUAAAGCUAUAUAUCUGCUUUCUGUAGUUAACAAAAUUUUGUUGUAUUUUAUAAACAGAACAAUACCAAAAUACCUGUAUGAAAGAUUUAUGUUUAAAUUUUUCAAUAAAGUGUGACUGGUGCAUGUAUAAAACUAUUGCUAAACAGUAAGAGCCAUACAUAAAAAUGAGCACAUUACUUCAUUUCAGAACAUUUGAGCCACGUCAUGACAAAACCAACAUCAUGGGUUUGCGACCAGCAUGGAUCCAGACCAGCCUGUGCAUCCGCGCAGCCUGAUCAGGAUCCAUGCUGUUCGCUUACAAACCCUAUAACAAGUGGAAAAACUGAUAGAGAACAGCAGGGAUCCUGAUCAGAAUGCGCGGAUACGCAGGCUGGUCUGGAUCCAUGCUGAUCGCAAACCCAUUAUGUUGGUUUUGUCAUGACACGGCUCAUUUUAUUCUAUUUAUGUACAUUAAUCAUGUGUGUUAAAUACCAGAAACCUUUUUUUCUAUAUCUACAACUUUUAAGAAUUCAUUUCACAAUAAGAUUAUGGUAACAUCAUAAUUUUACCAUUUAUUUAUAUGUUAUAAACAAUUUUUGUAUAGAUCUAUAAUUAGUUCAGUUAAAACAAACGCUUUAGCUUUCGACUUCAGUUUUGUCUUCAUUAGAAAAAAAUGACGUUUAUAAAAUAACAAAUGAAGCAAUGGAAAUAAAAACGUCUUUUUUUUAUUUUUCAUAAGAUAUUGCUUUACACCCUUUCAAAUAUUAAAAACCAAAACUUCAAAACCUUUGUAAUUCAGUAAAACCAGUAUACCGGUCAGUCUGAUCAGCUUAUGGCUGUAUAGCUUGAAAUUUUCAUCAUGAUAUCCCUUUAGAUGCAUAAUGAACUCUUCUAAUGGAAGGUUGGGGAGUGUAUUUUGGAAAAUUCCUGCUGGAAUGGAAACAUCACCAAUAUAGAGCUAGGGGCAAAGGUUAUAAAGAAAUUCUCCAUGCUCAAAACUCAUUUCUCAGUUAUUUGAUUGGUCAGAAACCGGUACAGAAUCCUGAAUGUACUCUGAUCAAUGAAAAUAGAGUGAGACAAAAAAAGGAUUGGAGCACUACACUAAAUACCGUAUUCCGGUAUAUACCUGGCAAGGCGCUUGAAUCAUAAAAUACUAAAAUCUUGCGUUUUCACCUAACAGAAUGAACUUUAAUAGGUCUGAUUCAUCUUUUCACACUGAUUUAUGUAUGAUAAUGAAUGAAAAAUGUAAAAAUCAGCGAAAAAAACGAUAUUUGAAUGAACUUUAAUAGGUCUGAUUCAUCUUUUCACACUGAUUUAUGUAUGAUAAUGAAUGAAAAAUGUAAAAAUCAGCGAAAAAAACGAUAUUUGUCUAUUUUGUGAUCAUGAUUUCUGCAAGCGUCUAAAGGUACUGCUCCAAUCCUGUAUUAAGUUAAAUCAAUGAAAAUCCGGAGAUUUGAGACAUGACUCGGCAAAAGUUUUAUAGCCUCGAGGUCAGGCUAGCCUGAACUUCCUUGCUGUCUGACUAGGCUCUAUUCUAUUGACUUUAUAUCUUUAAAUAGAAAAUUUAAAAUGGACAGCUCCAAAAAUAAUUACUGAUUAAAGGAACUCCACUGAGGUCAAAAAGCUUAAAAA